AAUAAAUGAUUCCAUGUUGACAAAUAAUGAAUUCCAAUAUAUAUCUUUUCAAGUAUUUUUGGCUAUUGAGCGUCAAACAUGGUAGACAUUUCAAGAAAGUGGAAGUCCCAUCUUUCCUUAUAUUCAAACAUUGCAUUCCAUCAAGACUGAGGAGAGAGGCUCAACACCUUCUACAUUGUGAUUCCUCCAUUUUCAACUGUUUUUUGCACAUUAAAUGGCUGCUGCUGCUGGUGUAGUAUUGGCUUGUGAUACUUACUGUCACAGCAAAGGGGAGAUGAUGAAUCAUGGAAGAUUAGGAGAUAAUCUUAGUUUUUUGGGUUCAUUGAAAAGCUACAAUAAGGUUAAAACUAGGAAACUUACUAGGCUUCGAGUUGAAAUGCAAAAGAGAGAAUUGCCACCGGCGCAAUUAGGCAGGUAUGGUAGAGUUAUCAAAAUGGUACCUACGAGCGAAAUCAGAAAGGGAUCCAUGGAUAAGCCGGAGAUUGUGAAUGGAUCGGUUAUUGCAAAGAAGGUUAAUGGUGUUCAUGUAGCUAUGCCUACUGGCCGAAGCCUGGUUAAGAAGGAUCCUACAAAGUUAUCGCGGCCUAAAGAACUCCCCCCCAUUGAAGGGCCAAAGGCUUUGCCUUGUGAUGAAAGUUUUAGUUGGGCUAACGAGAACUAUAACUCCGUUCAAAGAACUAUUGACGUGUGGUCGUCUCUGAUUUCACUGCGGAUCCGUGUUCUGUUGGAUAAUGCAAAAUGGACAUACAUAGGAGGCUUUUCUGAGGAGAAGCAGAAACAGCGAAGAAGGAAAACAGCCUCGUGGUUAAGGGAGUGUAUUCUCCAACUUGGCCCGACUUUGAUCAAACUCGGGCAGCUACUGUCAACAAGAUCCGAUAUAUUUCCUAUAGAGUAUGUGGAGGAACUUUCUAAACUGCAGGAUAGGGUACCUGCGUUUACAUCGACUAAAGCUAAAAAAUUGAUCGAAAAGGAACUGGGAACUCCGGUUCACGUGCUGUUCAAGGAGUUUGAGGACCUACCCUUGGCAGCUGCUAGCCUUGGUCAGGUUCACAGGGCCAUCCUUCACAGUGGAGAGAAAGUGGUGGUGAAAGUUCAAAGGCCAGGCUUGAAGAAACUUUUCGACAUUGAUCUCCAAAAUCUGAAGCUCAUCACUGAACUCUUCCAAAAGAGCGAAACUUUUGGUGGUCCGUCGAGGGACUGGGUCGGAAUAUACGAAGAAUGUGCCAGGAUCUUGUAUGAAGAAAUUGAUUACGUAAACGAAGCAAAGAAUGCAGAUAGAUUUCGUCGUGAUUUUCGCAAUAUAAAGUGGGUCCGAGUUCCUAUGGUCUACUGGGAUUAUACAGGAUUAAAGGUUCUAACGCUCGAGUACGUUCCAGGUAUCAAGAUCAACCAAUUGGAUAUGAUAGAUGCAUAUGGCUAUAGUCGAUCCAAAAUUUCAUCACGGGCCGUUGAAUCCUACUUAAUUCAGAUUCUCAACACCGGCUUCUUUCACGCUGAUCCUCAUCCGGGGAACCUUGCUAUUGAUGGGGACGAAGCACUAAUAUACUACGACUUUGGUAUGAUGGGAGACAUUAAGAGCUUCACAAGGGAGAGGCUAUCUGAUCUCUUCUAUGCUGCUUAUGAAAAGGAUGCGAAAAAGGUUAUGCAAAGCUUGAUAGAUCUCGGAGCUCUUGAGCCCACAGGAGACUUGACUUCAGUGAGGCGAUCAGUCCAGUUUUUCUUGAAUAAUCUGCUGAACAAACGAAUUACUCAACAGCAGGCGUUGUCUGCCAUUGGUGAGGAUUUAUUUGCUAUAGCUGCAGAUCAGCCGUUUAGGUUUCCUUCCACUUUCACCUUUCUGAUCAGAGCAUUUUCAACACUUGAAGGCAUUGGCUAUACACUGGACUCUGAUUUUUCCUUUGCAAAGAUUGCUGCACCAUAUGCGCAGGAGCUCUUAGGACGAAGAUAUCAGCGCACGGGAACACAACUAGUCCAAGAAAUAUCAAAACAAGCCGAUGAUGCGAGAUCACACACGAUCUCCAUGCCUUACCGCAUCCAGCAGAUACAAGACAUUGUCAAGCAGCUCGAAUCCGGAGAUCUGAAGCUCCGCGUUCGUGUCCUUGAGUCGGAAAGAGCAGCUCGGAGAGCAAGCGUGCUGCAGAUGGGAACCAUAUACACAGUUGUAGGUGGAAUCCUCGUUAACCUCGGGCUCACCUUGCGCGUUCAGGGCAGUCGAGCAGUCGCCAACGCCUCGUUUAUAGUUGCAGGUUUUUUCUUCAUUCUAUUUGUUAGAUCAAUGCAGAAGGUGAGGAAGCUUGAUAGAUUUGAAAAAAUGAUUUGAUCAGAUUAUAUCCAUUCAUUAUAUAAUCAGAGUAGGCCCAUUUUAGGAGAGCUGGAAAACUUUUUUUUUUUUUGAUUCACAGCAUUAAUUCUUGUAUUGGACAAUUGUUUAUUGAAUGUGAUACAUACAAGUGAAAUAUUUUUGUGAUCUAGCAAAAAUAAAAUAAAAUAUGGCUGUAUUUAUCUGUAA